UAAAAAAAGCCAGUUUCAUACGUUGAUAAGAGAUAACAUUUUUAUAACAGUGCGAAUUUUCAAAUUCAAGCGGGUCAAUUGGAGCGACUCACUGCUGUCAGAAAGCGCCAUGUUGUAGACUUCACUUGCAAGUGUACAAUUCUCGUACCGUGGCAAGCAUACUAUGCGCCGAUAAAUGAAUUGUGGCCCAAGAGGGAGGUCUUUGAUGGGCGAGAUCGAAUCUUUCCAACAAUUCUAAAAUGACGGAUAGAUAAUAAAUAAAUAUUUCUUCAAAAAUACAUUCCAUUGUUAUUAUUGUUGUUAUUGAAACAGUGUUAACAGAAUAAGUUCAUAGAAAAGACAAUUAUGAGCGCAGUGUUAAAAAAGAAUACCUCUAAUAGUCUGUUUGAAUCAAUGAAGUGAAAGCAAGUCAUAAUCAAACAAGUCUUCAAAACAAACGAAAAUACAAAACCCUAUUAACAAUUAUUACAACAACGAAGCAGAAACUUCGUUGAAUAAGAUUGAUAUUUUAGCAGAUUGAAAUAUUGUCUGCGGUUAUUGAUUGCAUUUAUUUUUUACUUUUCUUUGAAGAAGACAGACAAGAUGAUUCACAGCUUGUUUAUCAUCAACUCUUCUGGUGAUGUUUUUAUGGAAAAACAUUGGAAAAGUGCUGUAGCCAGAUCUCUUUGUGAUUAUUUAUUCGAUGAUCAGCAUAAACUGUUGGCACCCAAAGAUAUUCCACCAGUUGUAGCAACUCCUCAUCACUACCUCAUAAGCAUAUAUCGCUGCCGUAUGUUUUUUGUAGCAGUCUGUACAACUGACAUACCUCCUUUAUUUGUUGUAGAAUUUCUGCACAGAGUUGUAGAUACAUUUGAAGAUUAUUUUACUGAGUGCACUGAAACAACUGUCAAGGAAAAUUAUGUUGUUGUUUAUGAAUUGUUAGAUGAAAUGUUGGAUAAUGGAUUCCCUUUAACAACUGAGUCUAACAUCUUGAAGGAAUUAAUUAAACCACCUAAUAUUUUAAGAACCAUAGCUAAUUCAGUUACAGGAAAAUCAAAUGUAAGUUCUAUUUUGCCAAGUGGACAGUUAUCUAAUGUACCAUGGAGAAGAACAGGAGUAAAGUAUACUAAUAAUGAAGCAUACUUUGAUAUUAUCGAAGAAGUAGAUGCUAUCAUUGAUAAAACUGGUGCUACUGUCCAUGCUGAGAUUCAAGGUUGCAUUGAUUGCUGCAUUAAACUAAGUGGAAUGCCUGAUCUUACUUUAUCAUUUGUCAAUCCAAGACUAUUGGAUGAUGUUAGUUUUCAUCCUUGUAUACGAUUCAAACGUUGGGAAGCUGAAAAAAUUUUAUCAUUUAUACCUCCAGAUGGAAAUUUCACAUUAUUAUCAUACCAUGUUGGAUCACAAAAUGUUGUUGCAAUCCCUAUUUAUGUUAGACAUAACAUUAGUUUGAAAGAACCUGGUGGUGGACGAUUAGAUAUUACAGUUGGACCUAAACAAACAAUUGGUAGAGCAGUAGAAAAUGUUAGUUUGGAGAUUCCACUGCCUAAAAUAGUUCUGAAUUGCAACUUAGUUGCAAAUCAAGGAAAAUAUGUGUUUGAUCCUGUUAAUAAAAUUCUUCAAUGGGACAUAGGCAGAAUCGAUACAUCAAAAUUACCGAAUUUGCGAGGGUCUGUUUCUGUGCAAUCAUCUGCUACAGUAUUAGAAUCCAAUCCAGCUAUCAAUGUUCAUUUUGUAAUUAAUCAGCUUGCAGUAUCAGGAUUAAAAGUCAAUAGAUUAGAUAUGUAUGGUGAAAAAUAUAAGCCUUUCAAAGGUGUGAAGUACGUCACUAAAGCUGGAAAAUUUCAAAUUCGAAUGUAAAUCAACUGUACUCAUUAUAUUUUGACUCAUGUAAAUAAAUUAUUGAAAAAUGUAUUCUUACUAAAUAUUAUU